CACUCCUGCCACGGGAUGCCCCAUGUCAUUCGCAUCGGAGGAAUCUUUGAAUAUACAGACGGCCCAAAUGCCCAGAUAAUGAAUGCGGAGGAGCAAGCCUUCCGAUUCUCAGCAAACAUUAUCAAUAGGAAUAGAACACUGCUACCCAACACAACCUUAACCUAUGAUAUCCAGAGGAUAAGCUUCCAUGAUAGCUUUGAAGCCACGAAGAAAGCCUGUGACCAGCUGGCGCUUGGUGUUGUAGCAAUAUUUGGGCCUUCCCAGGGUUCCUGCACCAACGCCGUCCAGUCCAUUUGCAACGCAUUGGAGGUCCCCCACAUCCAGCUGCGGUGGAAGCAUCACCCUUUGGAUAACAAAGACACUUUCUAUGUCAACCUUUACCCGGACUAUGCCUCUCUCAGCCAUGCUAUCUUGGACCUUGUACAGUACCUGAAAUGGAGGUCAGCCACUGUGGUGUAUGACGACAGUACAGGCCUCAUCCGGCUGCAAGAGCUGAUCAUGGCCCCGUCGAGAUACAACAUCCGCUUGAAAAUCCGUCAGCUGCCCCUCGACACAGAUGACACACGCCCCUUGCUCAAGGAAAUGAAGCGGGGCCGGGAGUUCCGGAUCAUCUUUGAUUGCACCCACACCAUGGCUGUCCACAUCCUCAAGCAGGCCAUGGCAAUGGGAAUGAUGACGGAGUAUUACCACUUUAUCUUCACCACACUGGAUCUUUAUGCAUUGGAUCUAGAGCAAUAUCGCUACUCUGGAGUGAACCUGACUGGCUUCCGCAUCCUGAACGUGGAGAAUCCUCAUGUCUCUGCCAUCAUUGAUAAAUGGUCUAUGGAGAGGUUGCAGGCAGCCCCCAAGCCUGAGCCAGGGUUGAUCACAGGGGUGAUGAUGACAGAUGCUGCCCUGUUGUACGAUGCCGUCCACAUUGUCUCCGUGUGCUACCAACGGGCUCCACAGAUGACUGUCAACUCCCUCCAGUGCCAUCGGCAUAAAGCCUGGCGGUUUGGUGGACGCUUCAUGAAUUUCAUCAAAGAGGCCCAGUGGGAAGGUCUCACUGGACGCAUCGUCUUCAACAAAACCAGCGGCUUGAGGACGGAUUUCGACUUGGACAUCAUCAGCCUCAAGGAAGACGGGCUUGAAAAGGUUGGUGUCUGGAGCCCAUCUGAUGGACUGAAUAUCACCGAAAUCUCCCGAAGGCAAGGCCCCAAUGUGACAGAUUCCCUCACCAACAGAUCCUUGAUUGUCACCACAGUCCUGGAGGAACCCUUUGUCAUGUUCAUCAAGUCGGACACCGUGCUCUCCGGGAAUGAGCGCUUUGAAGGCUACUGUGUUGAUCUGCUAAAGGAAGUCUCCCGAAUUCUUGGCUUCACCUAUGAGAUCCGUGUGGUGGAGGAUGGGAAGUAUGGAGCCCAGGAUGAGAAGGGGCAGUGGAACGGGAUGAUCAGGGAGUUGAUUGAUCAUAAAGCUGACCUGGCUGUCGCUCCGCUCACCAUCACCCAUGUCCGGGAGAAAGCGAUUGACUUCUCCAAGCCCUUCAUGACUCUGGGGAUUAGCAUUCUCUACCGGAAGGCCAAUGGGACCAACCCCAGUGUCUUCUCUUUCCUGAACCCCCUGUCUCCUGACAUUUGGAUGUACAUCCUCCUUGCUUACCUGGGAGUGAGCUGUGUGCUGUUUGUGAUAGCCAGGUUUAGCCCUUACGAAUGGUAUGACGCUCACCCCUGUAACCCAGGCUCGGACAUCGUGGAGAACAACUUCACCCUCCUCAACAGCUUCUGGUUUGGCAUGGGAGCGCUGAUGCAGCAAGGCUCUGAGCUGAUGCCCAAAGCCCUUUCCACCCGCAUUAUUGGGGGCAUCUGGUGGUUCUUCACCCUCAUUAUCAUCUCCUCCUACACGGCUAACCUGGCUGCCUUCCUGACCGUGGAAAGGAUGGAGUCACCCAUCGACUCAGCGGACGACCUGGCCAAGCAAACCAAAAUCGAAUAUGGGGCGGUGAAGGAUGGCGCCACCAUGACUUUCUUCAAGAAGUCCAGGAUCUCCACUUUUGAAAAGAUGUGGGCCUUCAUGAGCAGCAAGCCCUCAUCUCUCGUUAAGAACAACGAAGAAGGGAUCCAGCGUGCCCUCACCUCCGACUAUGCCUUGCUGAUGGAAUCUACCACCAUUGAGUACAUCACCCAAAGAAACUGCAACCUGACUCAGAUUGGGGGUCUCAUAGACUCCAAGGGCUAUGGGAUCGGCACUCCUAUGGGUUCACCCUACAGGGACAAGAUCACCAUUGCGAUCCUCCAGCUCCAGGAAGAGGCCAAGCUGCAUGCCUUGAAGGACAAGUGGUGGAGAAGCAAUGGCUGCCCUGAGGAGGAGAACAAAGAAGCCAGCGCCCUUGGGAUCCAGAACAUUGGGGGGCUCUUCAUCGUCCUGGCGGCCGGCCUGGUGCUCUCUGUCUUUGUGGCCACCCUGGAGUUCAUCUACAAGCUGCGCAAAACAGCAGAACGGGAGCAGCGUUCCUUCUGCAGCGCCAUGGCCGACGAGAUCAGGCUCUCUCUCACCUGCCACCGCCGGGUGAAACACAAGCCCCAGCCCCCCGUCAUGGUGAAGACAGACGCCGUCAUCAACAUGCACACGUUCAAUGACAGGCGGCUUCCCGGCAAGGACAACAUGGCCUGCAACACGGGACUGACCCCCGUGUUCCCGUGAUGGGGUGUGGAGGGUCAAACACCAGGGAGGGGCUUGCUGGAGAUGGGUGGGAAGAAAGGCCCACAAGGACUGCAGAAGCAGAGAAAAGGAGGGAGAAUGAACCCCCAGUUUUUGAGAACAAGGCCUUCAAUGUAACUUCAGCCAUCAUCCAACUUGGAUACAAGAACCCGAAGCAUGGAUCACAACGCCUUCAGUUGGGAGUCGUUGUUUGAUUAUUAUUAUUUUUCCAGAUCAAGGUUUAAGCAGCACCAUGGGCUCCUCGGCACCCAAGCCCCACCCCUCCCCAAGACACACCCAGGAGGAGUCUUCAUGUUUACAUAUCAAAUGGAUGGAAGACAUAAA